ACACAAGUGUAAAGGGAAUUGCAUGUUGUCAAUCAAGAAACAGAAUUGUUAUUUUGAGGUAUUCGGAAGCAGACAACAGACGUUGAAUAUAAUUCUGUUUCAUCUUAAUGAAACUACUCCAAUGAAGUACGAUAUAUCAAGGAUGAUGAUAUAUAUCAUUUUAAACUGGUGUAAAAAAGUGCUUGUUAGUAUAUUUUGAUUUCCGUUCACAUAUGUGAAACAAAACAAAAAACAUACUCAGGAAAUACACAGCGUGACUGGUAAAUUUUUUUUAUAUGUGAUUUGACUAGUUAUUUCGAGCAGAAAGGAGGCAUAUUGAUUUUUUAAAGUCAAAGUUGCACUUUUAUCCGAUGAUGUUGUUAAAGAUUCAAUUUAUAUUGUGAAACUAUGGGAAAUAAAAUUGUAAGAAGUAGUUUGAAUAAACCUCGAAAGAGCAACCAGCUGAAUACUUGUUUAUCACCAGAGCAAAUAGAACUUGUACAAUCUUCAUGGCAGCUAAUACAGUCAGAUUUGCCCGAACUUGGUCUCAUUAUUUUCAUAAGAUUCUUUGAGACAGAGCCGAAUAUGAAGUCCCUGUUUCCAAAAAUAGUUCAGAUGAACCAAGACAAUAAACUUGAGUGUAAUAUUGAUCGCGAUAUGUUACAAAAACAUGCGGUUACAGUGUUAGAAGGCCUUGGGGCAGCAGUGGAGAGCCUUGAUGAUUCUCAGUUUCUGAAUGGUGUCCUUAUUGCAAUUGGACAAACACAUGUACAACGAGAGGUAAAACCUCAAAUGCUCAAGAAACUCUGGCCAUCACUUCACUACGGAUUACAGCAAGUACUGAAGGAACACUAUACAAAACAAGUGUCUGAAGCCUGGAAGAAAGUAUUUGAAUAUAUUUGUGCUUACAUGAAACUUGGUAUGGAACAUCCUGACCUAGACGCUGACAAUCAUGCAGAUAUUCUGCGGAUAUCUUGAAUUAAUUAUAAAUGUUUGUAUGCAAUAUGUUAAACUAUGUGAAUUAUAUUAACAGUUACUACGAAACUGAUUCAACAAUUACCCGGUCCAAUUAGUGUACGAUAUGAUUGUUAAAGUGCACAUAAUUCGUAAAGGAAGUAAAGUUUUAAGAUAAAAUUAAAACUUACUUUUAGAAAUAAAGAUACUUAUUUGAUUCAUAUUAUUUCUAUGAACCAAGUAAAAAAUGAUAGCAAAAAUCCACGAACUUCUUGAACUUACCUUGUAUAAUAUCCCCAGGCUCUGAGUCUGUUGUUUUGAGUAAGAUUGAACAAAGCGAGUUCAAAUUUAUUCAAAAUACGAAUGAAGAUAAGAACCAAUUUCAGAAAUGAAUAUGUAAAAUAGUUAUGAACAUGAAUUCAAGAUUCCAUAGUUUGAAACAAAUGAACAAUAUAGAACAGUAAGAAUGGGAGACUUACAAUGUGUCAGUAUGGGUAACAUUUUAUCAAAUACAUGCUUUGAUCUCGAACCAUGUUUGUUAAAUGACUGUUGCAGUUGUGUUACUUUAACAAUAGUCGGCUUAGCCUUGAGACACUUUUUUUUAGAAUUAUUGCUGAAUAUGUUUUUCCUUCAAUAUGAAUUUUAUGAAUAUAAACAUAAAAUAUUUGUAGCGGAUCUAACAUGCAUUUUGUUUAGAAGAAAUAUCUCCUUCUUAUAAAAGUCCGCUUUUCUCAAUUGAGAGAACAUAGAAUUUGUAAUCGAGGAGUCGCUGAUGUCAGGUGCUCGAACGAGGUAAAAUUUUGCCAUGACAAUAAAUUUCUGAUUUUGAAUCUAAUGGUUAUUUGUCUCUCGCCGCUAAUCUAGAAGUAAUGCGGGAUUAUCAGUCGGUCACUUGCAAUAAAAGUAAUUACUGGUUAGUUAUCCAGGAAACCCGGUAUGUAAACUGCACACCGAGAUAUGACCAAAAGUAUGUAAAAGUUGGCGUCAAACAGACUGCAUUUAAGCACCAUUUCAAAAUUGUUAAUCAUUCUUUUAUCUGGAUGCUUCGAAAUACGAUUUUUUUACCUAAACAAUACAAAUUUAGAUGCGAUAAGGUAUUUACUGUCAAGAUAUUAAUAAAUUUAUUAACCCUAAGAAUGAAAAAAAACGAUUGUCAAUAAAAUAACGUUAUCAAGGACAAGAAAAGAAAAGAAAAACGAAAUCUCUAAAUAACGCCCAAAACGAGAAAAUUAAAAAUGUCACAGGGUUCGUUUGAUUGAGCCUAUUCAAGGACGGUGAUGGAAAUCUAAUGUCAUUAAAAGUGUCGUCUUGUAUAGUAUUUAUUCAACUUGAAAUUGAAACGACUUAUUCAGUAAAUAGAAGCAAUGUGGUAUACUUUGUUUAAUUCAGUUAUAAGUUAUAAUCAUAUAAUAAAAAGUAUAAAAUGUA